AUGGCUUCAUCAACAAGCAUGGUGAUGGCAGAACACAUCGAAAAACGCACUUGGUUUGAACGUGGUAAAAGAUUGAUGUAUCGUGUAGAAUCCAAUCGCCGUGAAAGUUUUGAAACAUGGCCGUUAGCUCAUCUUUUAGAUAUUUUUGAAUUGGCUUCUGCUGGAUUCUAUUAUACCGGAGUUGGUAACUUUGAAUGUUGUUUUGAAUGUGGAGUUAAAAUUAACGAUUGGACUUUGGGUGAUAAUCCUUGGCUUGAACAUCAUCGAAACAAACCAAGCUGUAGAUUUGUGCGCCGAAUACCAUGUGGAAAUGUCCCUGUGGGCAUCCACCCUGACACCGUGGCUGUACCUACUUACUACCCUUAUCGGAAAAAUAUUUCUCCUGUAAUUUCACCGUCAUUCCGUUAUUCAUAUUAUUCAGCUGCGGUAUCAAGACUUGAACAUCGAGAAUCUUUAAGUCUUUUUGAUUAUGCACCACCACCGUACCCUGAUCCACAGCCUGAGAUUGAUGUUAAAACUGCCAAGGUUCGACAAUAA